UUAAUUUUCAUGAUGGCGGACGAUCGGGCAUCGGAGAAUGAACCUUUAUUGGGAAGUAAUAAUGAAAACUAUGAUGAUACUCCUCUUCCACCCGUUUGUGAACCAACGGCACCAAUUUUGCCGAAUGAGGCCCCACCAGAAUACGCAGCAUCUCCUAAUGGCCCUCCACCUCCAGUAAUGCCUGGAGAAUCACCUCCACCAUACUCACCCCCGACGAUGGUUGGCGUCACCCCCAUGAUUAACUGUCGGGUCUGCCAGGCUAUGAUUAACCUUGAUGGUAAACUACAUCAACAUGUUGUAAAAUGUAGUGCAUGCAAUGAGGCUACUCCUAUAAAGGAAGCACCAGCAGGGAAGAAGUAUGUGAGAUGCCCGUGCAAUUGCUUACUUAUCUGCAAAGCUUCAUCUAAGCGCAUUGCAUGCCCAAGAGUCAACUGUAAGAGGAUUAUUAACCUUUCACCUAUGAGUGUUCCAACUUCUAUUACACAUUACACCUCUGCAAAUAGAGUUGUCUGUGGCCAUUGCAAUGAGACUUUCAGGUUUCCACAUGCAUCAGCUCUUGCAAGAUGUCCCCAUUGCAGAAGAGUAUCGUCUGUUGGUUCCCAAUAUGCUAAGAAUCGCUGCAUAAUUUACACUGUUCUUGGACUUAUUUUCCUUGGAGCUGGUAUUGGAGUUACUAUUGGAACAUAUGCUGUAGCCGAAAACUCAGGCGGCAUAUAUUUCCUGUGGAUCGGUGCCUUUGUUAUUGGAAUCCUGAAUUUGAUCCGAGCACUAUAUUAUGGAACGAUGAAGAUAAGCUAUAUAGAAUAAAUGCAUAGAGGCCUGCACAGUGAGUUGGAUUAAACAAUGGAGUGUUUUAAUGUGACUGCAUUGAAUAGGACUCCAGCUAAGUAAAACUGACACUGAGGCAUACAGAACUGGUAUACUUACCAACUAAAAAUGUUUUUUUCCCCUGAUUCACAAAUUCAUCAUUUUUAGUGAAAAUGUAUUUUUAUAUUUUUAAACUACUGUUAAUCAUUCCUUUGCUCUGCAGAUGUGUAAUAUGAUAAUUAAUCAAUUACAUCAUACAGUACACAGAAUCAAAUGAUAUCUAUGAAAUGUGCGAUAUUUACAUAUGUAUGUACACAAAUAUAUAAGCAUUCAUGAAAUUACGUCCUAUAAAUCAUCAUUUCUGUAUGCUUUUAAUUUUGUUUCAGAUUAUAAAUUUUAAUUUGCAUAUAAGAAAGUAGAUAUAUUUUUCAGAACUCAUAAAUUAUACACGGAUCAUAGUAAAUACUUUUUGAACUUUAAAAAGAAUUUACUUAUUUCUGUUUUAUGUUUAUAUUCAUUUUGAUGACUUCAUUCUAACUAUUAUAAAGUUAUUGUGGUUGCUUACUGUAUGUUGACAUGCAUGCUCCUUAAGGUCAGCAUACAUGCUCCUUUAGGUUAGCAUAUAUCCUCCUGUAUGUCAGCAUACAUGCUCCUGUAGGGCAGCAUACAUGCCCCUGUAGGUCAGCAUACAUGCUCUUUUAGCUCAGCAUACAUGCUCAGUAAUCCAUAUUUGACAAAAUCAUAUUUGAAGUAGAUUUAAAAUAAUUUAAUAUAUGGAAAAGGGAGCUUAUAAAAUACAAACAUGUAUAAUCUCCAAAUAGGUUUACAAAUAAAUAUAUAAAAAUUAAAUAUAAUAUUCUAAAAUUCUUUAUAACUUGUAUACAGUAUGAAUUAUUAUUACUCAUUACUCCCUUUCCCCUACAUAAUGAACUUUUCCGGAGUGUCAAUCAAACUUAACAACUGACCAAUGAAGAUGGUACAAGCUUGUUUCACAAACACAAAUUCAUGUAAUUAAUCUUUGUGGGACCUUAGCAACAAUAUCCAAGGGGCGGUGCUUAGCGGAAAGGUCCAUUCUUCAGGAUAUUUUUGAUCCUGGUAAAAUUUGUACAUAUUGUUACUAAGAUGAAUUACUUAAUUAGGGCGUUAGCAAUUGUAAGUAAGAAAUAUAAAAGAAGGCAUGUUGGGUGAAUAUAAAAUCAACCCAAUUACAAUAGGCAAAAUGGCAUAAUACAGUUAGCUGGCAUAAUGCAUAAAGCUUAAUGCAUUUUCCUGGUCACAGCCAAUACCCACCUCCCUGGUGGAGUAGUCCAUAAUGUCGCAGGUAGAGUUAGUGUACCAUUUACCCACUUAUACUCCUAGGUAGAGAGAGACAACAUGGACACAAACAACCAGCCUCGGAAUCGAACCACUGCUCUUUUAAUAAGAAGACCAAUACCUUACUUCUGCCCCACAUGCUUCCAAUAUGCUAUCUAUCAUAAGGCAUACUUGCACCUGAUUCACAUGAACAAAAAUGUUACAUGUAUCCUGUGCUAGGGAAAAAUUUAUCACAGGGCCCCUUUUACAUUGUGUCCAUGUGAAUGCUCAUCUGAGUAAAGCCCUGUUCACACUAUCAAAUUUUAUUUGACAAAAAACAUGUGGCAUGCCUAAAUAUGGUCAUGAUGACAUCACAUCGUGACCAAAUAUUGGCACAUCAUGACUAUAUAUGGGCAUACAACAGUUGUUUGUCAAAUAUAAUUUGAGAGUCUGGAAAGGGCUAGCAUUCGUCAUAUUUAAAACUCAUGUAAGGCAAAUGGACAUUGCAGAGGGUUGUAACAAACACUCUUGAGAUAUUAAGCAUAGGUCUGUGUGCAUGGUAAUGAGGCACAGGUUUAAGCCGGUUUUACACUAAGUGAAUUUAUUCACACGAAUCGAAAGCGUUGGUUCAUGAGCAUGUGCAUUCACAUUUCUAUCAGAGUUAUUCGCUUCCGCGAAAUCAGUAGUUUAAACUGUUUCUACUUUUUGCGAAGUGAAUAAAUGUGCAACCAAUCAGAACUCGGGAAGCAAACUGACACUUUUGAUACGCACGAAUAAAUUUGCCUAGUGUAAAACCGGUUUUAUCUUAAUGCUGCAUCAUGUACAUCUUGUAAAUUGUACCAAUUUUAAGCAUGGUAUAUUUUUGUCUCAUGUGGAAACGACGGUAUUUCGGUAGGAAUAUAUUUAGCAUGUGUCCAGUGUAACAUUAUAUCUUGUGUAAACCAGGUAUUCGGUGCACAUACUAGGGAUAUGCAUAUAUUGUAGAUAAAUGUGUCGGCAAUUUUUUUGAAACAUACCAAACAUGAUAUUAAAACAAUGUUUGUAUAUUCUCUAAUGUUUGGCGUAUACUGUUUUUUUUUUAAGCAAAAUUGUUAAGAAAUGAUGCAAAUUAUAUUGUUAAUCAUGUAAGCGUAGUGUCCGUUAUAUGUCUGUUAAUGUACAUACAUUUUCUAAGGCCUACUGAAAUUUAGAAUUUUUUAACUACAUUCAUAGUUUUGGUUUUUGACAUUCUAAAUGAGAGAAAAAGAUAGAAAAACAAAAUGGUAGUUUGUCAUCCAUGAACAAGGUGUUGAAGAAAAAAUAAUUUUGCAGUGAGUUCUAAAAAAUUCUACGUAUUUAUAGAGGUCACAGUCAAAUUUUAGUUUACAGUUUAAAAUGAUGAGAAACUAUUACUGGAAGCACGGUAUUAUGUAAAUAAUCGUGAGAAUAAUUACGUCAUGAAUGUUUAAGAUUGAUUUAAGCUGAAAAGCUGGGGGGCGGGGUUGUGCCGGCGAGAGGGAAAAAACAAAUUUUUGUACAGAUUGUUGGCUUCUAAAAUAUUUAGAUUAAAUAAGCCAAAUUCCUGAAUUGUAGUCGCUCCAUGUCUACUGAUCCACUUUUUACCAUGCCUCUCAGGAGGAAAAUCCUUGCUCAACCACUUUGAUAAAGAAAAUAUACAUAACUGUAGAAAAUAAAGUACUGUAUCAAACUAAAGUUACCUAUAGAAUGUUCAUCAUUAUAUAUCAAAGACAAUUAUAAUAUUUAUUAUUUUUUCAAAGGGCAAAUUUCAUUUAUUAAUUGAUUGAUUAAUUAGUUAAUAGAGAAAUUAUUGUUGCCAAAAAUAGUUGUGAUUUUUUAUGGAUACAUUUGGGCAGUCUUUAUUUUGAGUCUAGUAUAUUUUUAAUUCAAGUUAAAUUAUGGUGUAAUAUAUGCCAAGUUUAAUUAAAGUAUCAAAUUCUUUUGAAA